UCAUGUCAGCAGUAUCGUUAGCGUUCCAUGUAUAGUCAGUCACACUUUAUCAAACAUUUACAAAAAGAUUGUAGGAACAUUUUCUAAUGACGUCUGUUUGUGCCAUGGAAUAUUGGUCGAUACUAUUAUCGAUAGUGAUCGGUGUAAUCAGUAUUCAUUACCUUUUUAAAAAUUUUAAUUUCUUUAAAAGAAAUGGUAUUAUACACGUGCCGCCAAUUCCAUUAUUUGGAUCCGCGAUGCCAGUUCUAUUUCGUCGAAUGUCAUUCGUCGAUUUCAUUUUGAAGAUAUACAAUUUCAAUCCAAACGCAAAAUAUUAUGGAUUGUACUUCACGACAAAUCCAGUCUUCCUGCUUCGCGAUCUGGAACUCAUUAAAACUGUCCUUGUUAAAAAUUUCGAGGCAUUUCCAGAUCGUCGUGGUUUCGCCGACAUAAACGAUACAUUAUUUAAGAAAAAUUUGUUUUCUCUUCGCGGAGAAAAAUGGCGGAACGUGAGAAAUCUGUUGAGUCCCUCUUUUACUUCCAGCAAGAUGAAAAUAAUGUUUACAUUGAUGUCCGAAUGUGCUGUGGAUUUUGUAAAAUUUCUAUCGACAUCACAAGCGGAUAAAGGCGCUGUAAACAUGAAAGAUAUCUGCUCUAAGUACACAAACGAUGUCAUCGCUACAUGUGCAUUUGGAAUCAAAAUCAACUCUAUGAAGGAUCCAACGAAUAAAUUCUAUAUUUACGGCAAGGAAGCGAGUAACUUCAGAGGAAUCGUUCGCAGUUUAAAGUUCUUUUUUAUUGUAAUGUUUCCGAGACUUGGGCGAAUUCUCAAUAUAAAAUUUAUGGACGAUUAUCUGUCGAAUUUCUUCAAGGACAUUAUAAAAACUACAAUCAUGACUCGUGAUGCGGAACACAUUACACGUACGGAUAUGCUACAGUUAAUGAUGGAUAUCAGAGGCAAAGAAGAUCGUAGAGAACUAGACAUCGACGACAUGACUGCGCAAGCGUUCAUCUUUUUCCUCGGCGGUUUCGAGACCAGCUCAACCGCAAUGUGCUUCGCAGCUCACGAAAUUGCAGCUAACCCAGAAAUUCAGACGAAAUUACAACAAGAGAUCGACAAGGUUUUAGAGGAGUCGAACGGAGAAGUGUCUUACGAAGUAAUUAAUCGACUCGAAUAUUUAGAUGCGGUGAUAAGUGAGGCUCUUAGAUUAUAUCCACCAGCGACAGUCUUAGAAAGGGUGUGCGAAAAAACUUUUGAGUUACCAUCCACAUUGCCAGACGAGAAACCUUUUAUUGUAAAGAAAGGUAUGCUUGUCUGGAUUCCUGUUCUUGCAAUCCAUCACGAUGAAAAGUAUUACGACAAUCCGAAGAAAUUUGAUCCAGAAAGAUUUUUAAACAACAAGAUGAACAAUUCUUCGAAUUAUAUGCCAUUCGGAUUAGGACCAAGAAUGUGCAUAGCUAACAGGUUUGCCAUGCUGGAAGUCAAAGUCUUAUUAUUUCACUUAUUAGCGCGAUGUGAACUGAAACCUUCAGCAAAAACUACGUCCCCAAUAAAAUUUUGCAAAGAUUUCAUAAUAAUGCCGGAGAACGGAUUCUGUAUUCAUUAUCUUUUUAAAAAUUUUAAUUUCUUUAAAAGAAAUGGUAUUAUACACGUGCCGCCAAUUCCAUUAUUUGGAUCCGCGAUGCCAAUUCUAUUUCGUCGAAUGUCAUUCGUCGAUUUCAUUUUGAAGAUAUACAAUUUCAAUCCAAACGCAAAAUAUUAUGGAUUGUACUUCACAACAACUCCAAUCUUCUUGCUUCGCGAUCUGGAACUCAUUAAAACUGUCCUUGUUAAAAAUUUCGAGGCAUUUCCAGAUCGUCGUGGUUUCGCCGACACAAACGAUACAUUAUUUAAGAAAAAUUUGUUUUCUCUUCGCGGAGAAAAAUGGCGGAACGUGAGAAAUCUGUUGAGUCCCUCUUUUACUUCCAGCAAGAUGAAAAUAAUGUUUACAUUGAUGUCCGAAUGUGCUGUGGAUUUUGUAAAAUUUCUAUCGACAUCACAAGCGGAUAAAGGCGAUAUAAACAUGAAAGAUGUCUGCUCUAAGUACACAAAUGACGUCAUCGCUACAUGUGCAUUUGGAAUCAAAAUCAACUCUAUGAAGGAUCCAACGAAUAAAUUCUAUAUUUACGGCAAGGAAGCGAGUAACUUCAGAGGGAUCGUUCGCAGUUUAAAGUUCUUUUUUAUUGGAACGUUUCCGAGACUUGGGCGAAUUCUUAAUUUGAAAAUUAUGAACGAUAAUGUGUCAGAUUUCUUCAAAGACAUUAUAAAUACUACAAUCAUGACUCGUGAUGCGGAACAUAUUACACGUCCGGAUAUGCUGCAGUUAAUGAUGGAUAUCAGAGGCAAAGAAGGUCGUAGAGAAUUAGACAUCGAUGACAUGACUGCGCAAGCGUUCAUAUUUUUUCUCGGUGGUUUCGAUACCAGUUCAACCGCAAUUUCAACCGCAAUGUGCUUCGCAGCUCACGAAAUUGCAGCUAACCCAGAAAUUCAAACGAAAUUACAACAAGAGAUCGACAAGGUUUUAGAGGAGUCGAACGGAGAAGUGUCUUACGAAGUAAUUAAUCGGCUCGAAUAUUUAGACGCGGUGAUAAGUGAGGCUCUUAGAUUAUAUCCACCAGCGACAGUCUUAGAAAGGGUGUGCGAAAAAACUUUUGAGUUACCAUCCACAUUGCCAGACGAGAAACCUUUUAUUGUAAAGAAAGGUAUGCUUGUCUGGAUUCCUGUUCUUGCAAUCCAUCACGAUGAAAAGUAUUACGACAAUCCGAAGAAAUUUGAUCCAGAAAGAUUUUUAAACAACAAGAUGAACAAUUCUUCGAAUUAUAUGCCAUUCGGCUUAGGACCGAGAAUGUGCAUAGCUAACAGGUUUGCCAUGCUGGAAGUCAAAGUUUUGUUAUUUCACUUAUUAGCGCGAUGUGAGCUGGAACCUUCAACAAAAACUACGUCCCCAAUAAAAUUUUGCAAAGAUUUCAUAUUAAUGCCGGAGAACGGAUUCUGGUUGAAUAUUCAGCGUAGAAAAGAUAUACAUCCUGUACUGGAGUCUAAAGGAAUGGAUAGUUAAACCUCAGAAAACAUUUCAAACGUUUCAAUUCAUGUUUGUGAUUUAAGUUCGACAAACCGCAUCGGCGUGUAC